AUGAGCACUAACACCGACUUGCACUGGAAACCCGUCGCGGCGGCCGCGGCAGCCGCGGCCGCCGCGAUCUACGCCGCGUACGCCGCGCUAGCCGCGCAGCGCGCGCGCGACCAGCUGUCCGCGCUGCCGCCACCGGCCGCGGGCGUGGACGAGCUCAUCGGCAACACGCCGCUGGUGCGGAUCAGGUCGCUGUCGCGGGCCACGGGCCGCGACGUGUACGCCAAGCUGGAGCUUGCGAACCCCGGCGGCAGCGCCAAGGACCGUGUGGCGCUCGGGAUCGUGCGUCGGGCCGAGCAGCUCGGCCAGUUGCGGCCGGGCCACGCCGACGUGGUCUUCGAGGGCACCAGCGGCUCCACCGGCAUCUCCAUCGCCACCAUCUGCAACGCGCUGGGCUACCGCGCGCACAUCUCGCUGCCCGACGACACCUCGCAAGAAAAGGUUGCGCUGCUCGAGAGUCUGGGCGCCUACGUCAACAAGGUGCGUCCGGCAGGCAUCGUCGACCCCAACCAGUACGUGAAUGCGGCUCGCGCCGCGUGCGACGAGCUCAACGCGCGCGGCUGCGGCGACGCACGCGGUGACGCCAGCGAUGGCGUCACCGUGCGCGGCGUCUUCGCCGACCAGUUCGAGAACGAGGCCAACUGGCGCGUCCACUACGACCACACCGGGCCCGAGAUCUGGCGCCAGACGCGCGGCCGGGUCGACGCGUUUGUCGCGGGCUGCGGCACCGGCGGCACAAUCGCAGGGGUCGCGCGGUUCCUCAAGGAGAAGCGCGGCAAGCGCGGUGUUCGCGUGGUGUUGGCGGACCCGCAGGGCUCCGGUUUCUACAACCGCGUGCGCCACGGCGUGAUGUACGAUCGUACCGAGCGCGAGGGAACCCGCAGGAGGCACCAGGUCGACACGAUUGUCGAGGGCGUGGGGCUAAACCGGAUUACGCGGAAUUUUAGCCGCGGAGAGCCGUACAUCGACGACGCCGUGCGCGUCUCCGACGCGCAAGCCGUCAAGAUGGCAAAGUUUUUGUCGGUAAACGACGGGCUAUUUGUUGGCAGCAGCACUGCCAUCAAUGCGGUGGCCGCAGUGCAAGUGGCGCGGACGCUGCCCGCGGGCGCACUCGUGGUGAUCAUCGCUUGCGACAGCGGGGCGCGGCAUCUGAGCAAGUUCUGGAAAGAGGCGGUGGCCGUGGACCGCGACGUGACGCUCGCGGAGAUCAUGGGCGAGGAAUGA